AUGACUCAGCAAUGUCUUGGAGCAUUUGUCUCCCUUUAUGGAUAUCCACUCGAUGAAAACGGGACUCUCCCAAGUGUUUCCACGCAGCUUUUCGAUAAAAUGUUCCUCGAUUCGGUUCACUUGUGCGAACGCUACUCAAGUCUCGAAUCGUGUAUGGGCUCAAAAUACAAAGAUUGCCUAACGCUACGGACUCUUUCUUUAUACACUGCAUCAAAUGAUGAUGCAACAUUUUACGCAGAAGAGUUGGCACUUUUUGAGCUCUACUGCAGUGAUUCGAAAAAAUUUAUUCAAUAUUUCCAAUGCCAUGAAAAAAUUAUUGACGACGAGUUGAAUGAGGCGAUUUUAAAUCAUUGUGAUGAUGAUUGGCAUAAUCCGGAAUGCGUAGAUAUGGUCACGGUGGCUCGUUGUCAGCUCAUUCUCUUUAAAAAAGAGUGUGGGAAAAAGGUGGAAGCGUCCUAUUGUGCGUAUAGUAAUAUUAGGACAGCUUUUGCUUGUUAUAAAGCGUUGCUCUAUUACAAGCAGACGAUCCCAAAUGGAGACACGAAAUUUCCCGCGUAUUCAGCGUUGAAGAUCAAUGAGAUGAAUAUUCCUUGCGGCAACAUCGACACCUUCAAAACAUGUUUGAACGAUUUGAAAUCAUAUUGUUAUGAUUUACCAACGAUUUUCAGGUUUGUACCGAGUGGAUCCGAGGCGGAGGCGAAGAGCUAUUUGCAGCUUUUUCUCGCCAUGCAACUUCGAUGUGAUCACGCUUCAGCAUACGACACCUACACGCGGUGUCGAGCCGCAUGGGCGGGCGCUGAUUGGCAAGAUCAAACUCAUUACGCGAAUUGCGGAGAUUAUCGAUAUAAAGAUGAGUGCUAUUCGAUCAACUCAACGAUGACGUGUCGAUGGAAAGUGAUGCGCUCGGUUUGCGAGGAUAUCGGUGGAUAUUGUGAUAUCGAUCCGCAAAUCAUGGACAAACAGGGAUGGAUUGAUGGCGAUUGUAUCUCUGAUGCAAAGAAAAUGUGCAAAAAGAUCAACUCAGCUUCGCGAUUUCUUCUCCCCAUUUUGAUAACUUUCAUGUUAACGAAAAUUUUUGCG